UUUAAACACAAAUUAGUGACAGGAGAAGCGACGCGUGUCUGUGCUGUAGGCGUUCAGCGACGUGAACAAGCUUCUGCUGCUCUCGAAACACCGCGGCGAUUAACGAUCGGACUGUUAGUCAGCAGUUCUGUAUUCAGGCAGACACUGUGAUGACUUUGUAAGCAGCAGGACGGAUCACACCGCUGAAAGAGGGAGAGAAUCCAUUUGAAGUUACUUUUUGCACAACUCGGAUUAUAGAUCGCUGUGAUUUGCUACAACGCACCGAAAAAAAAAGAUCCGAUUUCUUCACUUUGAGUGUGGUGUAUACACCAAGAUUCUCCAUCGAAAAAUUAAGUCCCGUGAUGGUGAAUAGCCGUGUGGAGUCAUCAGCCGUGGCUGUAACGGGUGGAGGAGGUGGAAAUGGAGCAGGUCGAUCGUGUGCUGGUUGCGGUGGCCGCAUCUCUGAUCGCUUCCUGCUCUUCUCCAUGGAGCGCUAUUGGCACACGCGAUGCCUGAAAUGCUCAUGCUGCCAGGCACAGCUGGGUGAGAUCGGCACCACCUGCUAUAGCAAAGGGGGUAUGAUCCUCUGCAGGAACGAUUACAUCAGGUUGUUUGGACACAGUGGGGCUUGCAGUGCAUGCGGUCAGUCAAUUCCAGCUAGUGAGAUGGUGAUGAGGGCACAGGGCAAUGUGUACCACCUGAAGUGUUUCACUUGUGCUACAUGUCGGAAUCGCCUGGUGCCCGGGGACAGAUUCCACUAUAUCAAUGGCACCAUCUUUUGUGAGCAUGACCGGCCUGGAGGAGGCAUGCUCAGCAGUCAUCUGGCCCCACUACAGAGCAACACGCUCCUGCCUGACCAGAAGGUAUGCUAAAGGGACAAGGACUUGACACGGCAAAGCACAGCGUGCCUUCUGUUUUGUCCAUUUUCCCUUCAUCUCUCUCCCUGUUCUUCAUCUAUACCUUGCUUCAGAGGCGCUGAUGCCGCUCCGUUCUGUGGAUGGACCCACUUUAACGGACUUUUAAAAGCUUUGCUUGAAAACAGAAGUACAUCUUUUCUAACAGAAUUCUCUGAGACUAGAAGAGCUUUCUCCCUCAUGUUCAGGGUAAAAUGAGCAAAGAAGAUUGAAGUUACUUUUAAUGAUGGCUGUGAAAUGGCAUAAACUGAACCCUGCUGAUAAGCCCUAAACACAGAGGAUGAGAGGAGGCCCACAUUUCCAAUUCUGUUUUUAAGAUUUAAUAUUGACACUUUUUCGAGGACACUGUGGAUGUUACAUGAAACACUCCUGACAGUGGUGUGGUGGAUAACGGAUAAUGGCAAUUGUUUUUCCUUCCAACAGAAAGAGUGCUGACAUUUUGUGGUUUAUACUCUGUAAAAACAAGAUUUGCAUAACUUAUGAUUGUGUGAGUUUGUACUGAUGGUGUUUGCCUGUUUCACAUCAUUAGCAGGAAUUCAUGUUUCUGUGGGCUGAUGUCUUGGUUAGGCAACAACAAUUCAAUAGAAUUCAAAUGUAUAUAUUCUUGUCUUUUACUGUUGUACUGUGUGCUCAGCAGCUGAAUUUUGUGUUUUUGAGCAAAAGUGUAUUUUAAAUGCUAUAUCUGUAUAGAUAUAAAGUACUUAUUAAAUAACUAUAAUCAGUGUG